AUGUCUGGAUCGCGACGAUUGACCAAGGAGCUGAAAGAACUCAAGGAUACACCGUUGCCAGGUCUUCUUCUGUUAGAGGCUCAUGAGGGUCAUUUGUAUACGUGGGAUGCUGUAUUACUAGGUGCAGGCACGCCGUAUGAGGGUGGACAUUUCCCAGUGAGAUUCGAGUUCCCCGUCGACUACCCAUUUAAGGGACCUAACGUGCACUUUCAGUGCCGCAUGUACCAUCCCAACGUUGAUGAGAUGGGCGCAAUGUGUAUCAGUCUGAUCAAGUCGGAUGCAUGGAAACCAUCUACCAAGGUCUCGGCGAUUCUUCAAACGAUUCUACAGCUACUAGAAGAGCCUAACCCAGAGGAUGCGCUUUCAGCGGGCAUUGCUGAUCAGUAUCAAAGGGACCCUGUUGCCUUUCGCCAAACGGCGGCAGAAUACACGAGGAAAUACGCCCCACGUACGCCAUAG